CUUUCGCGCCAAACGAAAUGUCAUGUUUAGGAAAUGGAUGAAUGAUUUCUUGUUUAUUUUUAUUAUAUAGUAUUAUAAAAAUCUUCCUUAUUUGAAGCUAAUAAAUCAUUGAAACCUGAAAAUGGCAGACUCUCUGGCUGCUCAGAGAUCUAAGCGCCAAAAAAUUGAUAAACACGGUCGAUUGUCGGCUUUCGAGAAGUUGAAACAACUGAAAGGAAAAGGCGUUAAACAUAAGUACAAUGUUGACGACUUGGAGAAUGUUUACGACACUGUGGACGAAAAAGAGUACACAGACAGGGUGCUCCAGCGUCAGGAUGACGAUUGGAUUGAAGACGAUGGUACAGGAUAUGUGGAAGAUGGUCGUGAGAUAUUUGAUGACGAAGAUGAGAUUGACGACACAUAUGUGGCCACCAACAACAAGGAGACAGGUAGAGGGCAGAAGAGGAAAGCUAGAGUUGCAGCCCCACCGUCAUCUAAGGGCAAUAUAAGAAAUCUUUUAGGAUCAAUGCCUACUAAAAAGAAAGAGGAUUUGAAAAUAUCAGAAGACAGCAUUCUCUCAGACAUAAUAUCGGACUUGGAUGGCAGUGCCCCGUCCACUGCAGUCAAGCCAAAACCCCUGGUCACCAGGACCAAUGCAGUGGAGUCUAGCAAGCGGGAUGCUCAGAAUUACUUCAAAAGUCUGGCUUCUGCUGUUAAGAAACCUACAUCUGUGGGUUCUUUGAGCAAUGGACAAGCAAAAACUGAUAUGAAAUUCGAGGGAACUGAAAAACCUACUAUCACAUCAAAAGAGCCACCUAAAGAAGACAAGAAACCUGUCAUGAAGAAAACAGAGUGGAAAAUAGAUAAAGAAAUAAAACAAGAACUUGAAGAUGAUUCUGCCACUCAAAAUAUUGAGGAAUUCAGCACUCAAGAUAUGGACUUUGAUGAUAAUGUUAGCAAUGAUACCCCUGAGGCUCGAAAAGACAUUCCUGCUCCUGUACCUAAAACUGAAGUUAAAGAUGAACCAAUCAGUAACACCAUAACAGAUGUUGCUGAUGAGUUUCUAAAUGAUGAUUUUGAGAUCUUUCCAGCCAAAAAGGAGUCACCUAAAGAAUUGAAACCUUUGACAAGUACAUGGAGUGACCAAGUAGGAGACCAACAAGUACAAGCCACUGUGCUUAGUGAUGGUCAACUUCCCCUUCAUACAAAUGAGGAUGGGGAGAAGGUCCUAAGGUUUUACUGGCUGGAUGCCUGGGAAGACAGGUUUGUGAAGCCAGGAGUGGUGUACCUGUUUGGGAAGGUGUAUGCUAAGCCUGGUGACAAAAAGGCGGGCUGUUUGUCCUGCUGUCUCGUGAUAAAGAAUGUUACGAGACAGAUGUUUUUGCUUCCUAGGGAGUAUAAACUAGACCCAGUGACUCUAGAAAGCACAGACCAGGAGGUGACCAUGAUGGACCUAUACGAAGAGUUCAACAGCUCGGUAGCCAGUGAGCUAGGCCUCAAGGAGUUCAAGUCUCGGAAGGUCACCAAGAACUACUGCUUCAACCUGCCCGAUAUACCUGCGCAGUGUGACUAUCUUGAAAUCAAAUAUUCUGCAUCAUUCCCACCACCACCAGCCGGCAAGAAGUACCUGUCAUUCUCACACAUAUUCGGCACGAACACAUCGUCCCUAGAAACAUUCCUACUGGACAGGAAAAUCAAAGGGCCUUGCUGGCUCGAAGUCAAGUACCCCGAGAAUGUGCAGGCCAAGGUAUCGUGGUGCAAGUUGGAAGCGGCAGUGGAGAAGAUGGAGCACAUCAGCGUUAUCAAGAAUCAUGUCGACGACCCGCCGCCUGUCGUCGUCGCUACUAUAAAUAUGAGAACGAUCACAGACCCAAAGACAAGGAAAGCUAAAAUCCUAAUGCUGAGCUGUUUGAUCCACAACCAGUUUCCCAUCAACAAGCCGCCGCCGAAUCCUCCUUUUCAACAACAUUUUUGUGUCAUGACAAAGUGCAAUGAAAUUUGGCCGUUGGAUUUAAAACAAGCAUUUGCUCAGUACAAAGCAACAAAGCUUACCAAAUGCGAUACAGAAAGAGAACUUCUCAACUGUUUCAUGGUGCAGUUCUGGAAAGCCGAUCCCGACUUAGUUGUGGGACACGACUUACCCGGAUUCCAGCAGGACGUGUUGAUUGGGAAUAUUUUAGACUUGCACAUACCGAACUGGUCGAGAUUAGGCAGGCUAAAGAGGUCAGUGACACCACAGAGGAAGUAUGCGGCGAAAGACGCGUUUUUAGGACGCCUCGUUUGCGAUAUCAAAAUAUCUGCCAUGGAACUCAUCAGGGCGAGGAGUUUCGACCUCAACACGCUAUGUGUCGACGUUUUAAAAAUGCAAGAUGGUGAACGCGUGGAUGUUGCGAUCGAAGACUUGCCUCGCUACUAUGAAAACAGCAGAGAUUUAUUACAACUCGUUUCAUUGAGCAUGCAGGACACUUCUUAUAUAUUGAAAAUUAUGUGCGAACUAAACGUCCUUCCACUAGCAUUACAGAUAACGCAAAUAGCUGGCAAUGUCAUGUCCCGGACUCUGAUGGGAGGCAGGUCUGAGAGAAACGAGUUUUUACUGCUCCAUGCUUUCACGGAAAAGAAUUUCAUUGUACCAGACAAAGUGUAUGGAAAGAAAACUGUAGUUCUUGACGAUGAAAGUGAAGGGAAUACUGAGAAUGCGCCUAAAAAACAAGCCAAGAAAAAAGCAGCCUAUUCUGGAGGCUUAGUACUCGACCCUAAAAAAGGAUUCUAUGACAAAUUAAUAUUACUAAUGGAUUUCAAUUCUCUAUACCCAAGUAUUAUGCAGGAAUACAAUAUCUGUUUUACUACAAUUAAAAGGAAAAGCGCUGCGGCCACAGACGAUGACAUAGCUAAUCUUGUAUUACCUUCUCCUAAUGCAGAGUUCGGAGUUCUCCCGACACAAAUUCGGAAACUUGUCGAAAGCAGAAGAGAAGUGAAAAAAUUGAUGAAAUCAGAUUUACCUACGGAACAGUACAUGCAGUACAACAUUAGACAAAUGGCUCUCAAACUUACCGCCAACUCCAUGUAUGGUUGCUUAGGUUUCACACACUCGAGGUUCUAUGCCAAGCCGCUGGCGGCGCUGGUUACUAUGAAAGGCAGAGAAAUCCUAAUGGAUACCAAAGAAAUCGUCCAAAAAUUUAAUUACGACGUUGUUUACGGCGACACCGACAGUUUGAUGAUCAACACCAACUGUUUGGACUAUGAUUCAGUGUUCAAAAUCGGAAACGAUUUGAAAAGGGAAAUCAACAAGAAGUACAAGCAAAUCGAAUUGGAUAUCGAUGGUGUGUUUAGAUACCUGUUGUUACUAAAGAAGAAAAAAUAUGCGGCAGUGAUCAUAAACAAAAAUAAGAACGGGGAAUUUGUUUACACUCAAGAACACAAAGGGUUAGAUAUAGUGAGGAGAGACUGGUCUCAGUUGGCAGCCGAGGCCGGGAAAUUUAUUUUAAGCCAAAUUCUUUCAGAACAAUCAGCCGAUGAGAGAUUAGACAGUAUUCAGACACAUUUGAAUAAAUUAAAAGAUGAUUUAGUUAGUAAUAAAAUGCCACUCUCCAUGUUAACUAUAACCAAACAGCUAACCAAGCAUCCCAAUGAGUACGCAGAUAAAAAUUUACAACCACAUGUCCAAGUGGCACUCAGACUCAACAGUAAAAAUAGUAGAAGGUUCAAAAAGGGGGACAUAGUGCCUUAUAUAAUUUGUGAUGAUGGAUCUGGCAAAUCUGCUGUACAAAGGGCGUACCAUAUAGAGGAGUUGAAGAACUCUGAGGAUUUGAAAGUAGACUACAACUAUUACUUGGCGCAUCAGCUACAUCCCGUGAUAUCGAGAAUAUGCGAACCGAUCGAGGGUAUGGACCCCGCGCGGGUGGCCGACUGCCUCGGGCUGGACCCCUCCGGAUACAAGCAGAUUAUGAAGCGGCGGGACGACAACACAGAAACUUACGAAGUGGAGAACGAGCACGAAAAAUAUAGACAUUGUAAAGAUUUCUCAUUCGUGUGUGUUAACGAGGGUUGCAAAACGAAAAAUAAUAUCAGAGAAACUUUCGUGAAGAUUGAUAAAGAUAAUGUGUGUUUCUUGGAACAGUGCCAGAAUGAGAAGUGUGGGGUGAGGCCGAUGGAUUAUUUAGCUUGCGUUCAGAAUCAGCUGAGCGUGCUGCUGCGGAAGUACCACGCGGAGUACUACGCGGGCUGGGUGUCGUGCGAGGACCCGGCUUGCGGGCACCGCAGCCAACGCCUGCCGCAGACGUUCGCCGCCGGGUAUCCACUGUGCCGACUCUGUGAAAAGGGAGUCAUGUUCAGGGAAUACACCGAGAAGGACUUGUAUCUGCAGCUCAACUUCUUUAUGUACCUGUUCGAUCUCAGCAGAAGCGCCAAUUCUAAAAUAAAAGUAUCUCCUCAACUGGCGUCAUCACUGCAAGUUCUAAAAGAAACAGUAGAGGACUGGCUGGCGCAAUCGGCGUAUUCCAUCAUAAAUCUGUCGAAGCUAUUCAGAUUCUUCUCCCUCGACCCCAAAGCCGGGAGCAGCAAAGUGAAACCGGAGCCGGUCGAGAUUGAUAUACUGCCAGAGACUGAACAGAUAGACGCCUUGUUAGAAAUAGGGAUGUAUUAAAAGUAUUCUAUUAUUUUUGUAAGUCAUAACGUUAAUUAGGUUUAGAUCAUGUUUUUACUAUGUAACAUUUGUUUAUUAUGCAUUAUUAAAUAUUUAAAAUGUAA